GUGCUGGGAGUCGGGUUACAUGUACGCACCGUGAAGGUGGAGGGGUGUUAAGAGCGGCAGUUUGGAGAGACGGCGGGGCUGCUCUGCCGAAGACUGAAUUACCGCGAAGGAAAGAGGGGCAGUUGCUUGACACCUCGUCGGAGCAGGCGGAGUAGCGAAAACUGUCGAUGGAAGAAUGCUGCGACAAGGGUGUUGAAUGGGCAAACAAAAACAGAAGAUGUGCUUCUCUACCGAGGUUAACUUCCGAAUCCAGAGAAUGCAGCAUGACUCAGGUACAGUGCUGCCGCAACAAGUUGGAGGAACACUACUGUUCGGAUGGGAUUGAAUUUGCCAACGUGCAUGAUGAGUGUGGCUCGCAUAUUAGUGAAAAUUCCACCUGUGAAGCUGAAUACUUUAAGAAAUGUUGUUACUGUUGUUUGCUGGGAAAGACUGCUCAAGUUCAAGGACAGAGCUGUGAACCAAAUCUGAAGAUAGGAUACCAGUGUGGAAUUGUCUUCAGAGCUUGUUGUGUGAAGGGUCAAGAAGGCACCGAUGUGUCCAUCAGUGAUGAUGCUCCUAAAAAGGAGCAAGUUGAAAUUUCAAAGGAGGAACUAGACCAAGAAGAUCCUUAUCUGCAUGAUGGCUGCAGAGGUGGUGGUCCCUGCUCUCAGCAGUGCAGAGACACAGGAUCCAGUUAUGUCUGCUCCUGCUUUGUUGGCUAUCAGCUUCAACCAGAUGGUGUCAACUGUGAAGAUAUUAAUGAAUGUAUCACUGGGGCACACAGCUGUGGGAUUGGACAAACUUGUGUCAAUACAUUAGGAUCCUUUCGCUGUCAACGUGACACGAGCUGUGGAACUGGUUAUGAGCUAACUGAUGACAGUCGUUGCAAAGAUAUUGACGAAUGUGAGACUGGUACUCAUAACUGCCCCCCCGAUUUUAUCUGUCAGAAUACUCCAGGAUCUUUCCGUUGCCGACCCAAGCUACAGUGCAUGAAUGGGUUUAUACAAGAUGCGCUAGGCAACUGUAUUGAUAUCAACGAAUGCCUGAGCAACAACAUGCCAUGCCCAGCUGGGCAGAUAUGUAUUAACACUGAUGGCUCAUACACCUGCCAGAGGGUCUCCCCCAGCUGUGGCCGAGGUUAUCAUCUCAAUGAAGACGGAACAAGAUGCGUAGAUGUGGAUGAGUGCUCAUCCUCUAAUCAGCCAUGUGGAGAAGGGCACGUUUGUAUAAAUGCCCCAGGCAAUUACCGCUGUGAGUGCAAAGCUGGCUAUUCUUUUGAUGUCAUCAGUAGAACUUGUAUUGAUAUCAAUGAAUGCAGACGCUAUCCAGGCCGACUUUGUGCUCACAAGUGUGAGAAUACUCCUGGUUCUUAUUACUGCACUUGUACCAUGGGAUUCAAGCUUUCAGCUGACGGCAGGUCAUGUGAAGAUUUAAAUGAGUGUGAGAGCAGCCCUUGUAGUCAAGAGUGUGCCAACGUGUAUGGCUCCUAUCAGUGUUACUGCCGCCGUGGCUUUCAACUUAGUGACAUUGACGGGAUUUCAUGCGAAGAUAUUGAUGAAUGUGCUUUACCUACUGGGGGGCAUAUCUGUUCCUUUCGAUGUAUUAAUAUUCCUGGAAGCUUUCAAUGUACUUGUCCUUCCACUGGUUACAAGUUGGCACCCAAUGCGCGUAACUGCCAAGAUAUUGAUGAGUGUGUUGCAGAAACCCACAACUGUUCAUACAAUGAGACCUGCUUUAACAUCCAGGGGGGCUUUCGCUGUUUGUCUUUGGAGUGUCCAGAAAAUUACCGCAAAUCAGGAGAUACUCGCUGUGAGCGCUUGCCUUGUAAUGAAAAUAAGGAGUGCCAGAGCCUGCCUCUGAGAAUAACCUACUAUCACCUCUCUUUUCCUACCAACAUUCAAGUACCCACCGACAUUUUCCGCAUGGGCCCUUCCAAUGCUGUCCCUGGGGAUAAAAUUCUGCUGUCCAUCAUCAGCGGGAACCAGGAGGGUUUUUUCACCACAAAAAAAGUGAACAACCACAGUGGCAUUGUGGUCAUGCAGCAGCAAAUCACAGAGCCCAGAGACCUUCUUCUGACCAUUCAAAUGCAACUUUUCCGCCAUGGAACUGUCAACACAUUUAUUGCCAAACUUUUUAUCUUUGUCUCUGCACAGCUUUGAUCCCUAACUUGCAGGCAUCAAUGGCUACCUUUUCUCUUUUGACAGUAGCUUUUUUUUUUCCAGUUUUAAUAAAGUUUUAGAUCAUCUGUUGCAUGCUGCACUUGCAUUUUAUUUGCCAUCAUCAUUACAGUUCUCCAUUUUCCUCCAUCACAGAACAUCUUAAUUUGGCAAGAUUCUUAUGCGUGCUGUACAUCAUUAUAGAAAGCCAAAAUAGGUGUCCAAAAGCUUUUUAUCUGAAUAUAUAGAGGCCUGAACUGUUAAUUCACUUCACACAGCAGUGGAGUUGGUCUCAUCUGAUGAUACACAGCUGCAUAUGUUUAGGUCUGAAUUUUCAAAACAGUGGCAGAUACAUAAUUUGAGCUGUCUAAACUGAGACAUCUUUAGAGAGUUUCAUCAGCUGGGGGGCAAUUACUAUGUAUUUUCUGAAAAUAAAAAUCUAUUAAAAGGGCAUAACAGGCCCUUGGAACUUCAGAAGUACCUCAGAAGUACACACACAUCACCUUGAAAGCGUAGAGUAGGAUUCUCAACUUGCGAUAAUUAUCAUUGCUCUGUUGUAGCCAAUGAGCUUGUGCUGAUUUACGCCAGCUACAAAUCCCAAUUCUGACUUUCAAGGGUGGUGCAAAAGAGAAUCUCCUCUAAAGAACAUUUAUUUUAGAGCUAUUUCAUCUUCCUUUCUAUGGAUUUUUCACUGAAUUGAACAACUAAUGAUGGGAGAACAGCAAUGAGCUCCUAAACAACAUCCAGGUAGUGAGAGCUCCUUGCUGUUUCACAGGCUGUAUCCUGAGAGCUGUCAUGUGUGAACAUUUGAUAAAGAUGCUUAGUUGGUCUCAUAACAUUUUCUUCUCUCUUACUUCCAUAUCAGAGCUGAGAAAGGCCAGCCAGAAUUUCAAAAGCCAAAUCUUACUUCUUUUACUUCCCAGACACUAAGAGCAGUGUCAACAGUACAGCUAGGAUUUAUUUGAAAAUACGUUGCUUAUGAGCUGGAAGAGAAUUUAUUUUACUCUUCAGUCUUUGUAUUAACAAAUAUUAAAAGCUCAGGCCCAGAGGUAUGAUCCAAAAAUUAAUGCUCUUUGAUGCUGUCCUGGGCUCAGAUAUCUCUAUCCUACAUAGACAGAAUGGUCAAUCCAUAGCUGAGUGAGGAAUAAUCCAUGUGUGUAUAUAUAUAAAAAAAUCCCUAGCUACGUAAGUACAGCACAGCCAACGAACGAGGUUAGAAACUGGGAACCUUCUAAACCAAGAUCACAAGCCUUAAUCACCGAACAGAAGGAAUUACUCUAUUAGCUGCAAGCUGCAGGCUCUUAGGCUCAUUGUGAGCCAAGGACUAGACUGGGACAUGAUCUCAGCACUCUGCCAGAGCAUUACACGUUCCCUAAGGCAAAGUUUAUCCCAGCUGGCUGACAGGAGUUCAAGUCCCGCGAGGAAUGCCAGUGUUUAAUGAGUCUGUUGACACAUAUUUAUAAAGCUGCCAGAAGUUGCCAGUGGGGAUAGAGUCCCAGCUUUCAAUAUUGAAAGCACAAGCCCAUGCUACUCAAGCUAAUGGGGUUUCUUACCACCACAGAAGAUGCUCGUAUACAAAUGCCCUCUGGCUACCAGUUCAUUAUGAGGCCGUAAUUAAGUAAAGAUUCAAAAAUAAACUUCAUCUUUGCAAGCAUUAAUAUAUAUUUGUUUGGCAGGAAAAGAAGGGAGUGUGAGAAUUUGGCCCUCGGUAUUGUAAAGUGCUACCAUAUACUAUCAUUUUAUUGCAUGCUUGCAUUCAGCAAGCAAUUUAAGAGCACAGAGAUCAGAUUCUACUGUAUUAGAUACUUUAAUGCUGCAGUGUAGCUGGAACUUUUGAAAACAUUUAAUUAUAUAGCUUCACUUACGUGCAUGGAUCUUUCCAAAUGAAAAUGAAAUCAGGGCUCCUGGUCCAAAGAUCAUACUAAUUAAAUCAGACAGAGAAUAUGAAAAGGAGUGACACUAGAUCCCAAGAGGAAAGAAAAAAAAAUGUAUUCAGGAAAGCAUUAUUUGCACAAUAAUCGGAGCAACGGGGCUGUUUCUUAACUUUGUUCUUUUUCUAAAUGAAAAAAAGCAUAGAGGAGGUGCCAGCUGGAGAGCUGCAAUUCAUGCUACAGGGCAUACUUCAAGGAAAGAUUUGAAUAAAGAAACUUCUCAGCACAUAGAAAGAAACUUUUGUCAGUCACAGUGCCCACUAUAGGAGGAUGUAAGCAAUAAGAAAUGCAUCAGCCAACCACAAGAUAAAAUGCCCACAUGAUGUGUAAGGAUAAAAUCGAAAGAGAGCAGAGAACAUUCAGAGCAGAGUGCAUCAUUAAUAAUAAAUAUUAAGAAGUUGAAAUAGAUACUAGUUGUCAGAGAAAUUGUUCCAAGAGAUAUCUAAAGAUACGCAGACUAAGCAGUGGGAAAACAAGUUGUUAGCAGCUGCGUUUUGGAUAUGCUGGUGCAAUUAGCAGAGAUACGAAAAGAAAGGAGAUCGGAGAAUGAAAAUUUAGCUGGGGGAAAAUGAAAAAGCACAAACUUGAGCUUAACAGUGAGGAGAGAGCAAAAAGAAAAGCUGCAGGGUAUGUAAGAGGAAAGAGAAACAGCACAGAGAAAUGGAAAUGACGCAAAAGUCUUAGUCUGUCAUGUACAGUUGCAGACUGGAUGGAUCUAGAAACUCCUUACAGUUAGCCACAGACACAAGCAAAUCACUUGUGAUUGCUGUGAUCCUCGGUUUCUAUAUGCAGAGUACCUAAUUCAUGCCAAAAUGCUUUACUGAAUGCUUUACAGAAUGAAUCAGGGGUGAGAACUAUGAAUAUAAGUAAUAUUUAGAAUUUCAUCUCUAACAAAUGAAUGACACUAUUGGAUGGGAAGUUCAGAAACAUUUGUAUUUGUCAAAUACUACUCCAACCGAAGUCAAGAGUAAAGCACCCUUCCCUUUUAAUGGGAGCAAAGGCAGACCAAUACUUAAUGCUUCAGACAUUCCCACCAGAAUGUUUUUGCAUACUAAUUCUAUUAUUUAAAUACAGUUUUGAAAAUUCAUGAUGCUGUUUUAUGUAUUACGUUGGUACUUUCUAAGCAACAAAAUCACAAAAUGAGGUAUGCAAGUCACUACUUCGCGGUGUCACAGAAAUCUUUAGAUGCCAUAGUUUGUUCUUUAUGUGCUGUGUAACACAAAGAGAAAAACUUUUAAAGAAAUGUUUCAGAAGCUGUAAACAUGUUACUGGAAGUAGCACCAGACUGACUUGGCUGUUAUUACUCCAGCUCAGCAGGAUUGUAAGGAAAGAUUCAGCGUUUGUUUGUAUGGUAUGUGUGCACAUAUGUAAAUGCCUGUUAAAUUCCUUAUACACAAUAGGAAGGAAGAGAGAGAGAGAAAAACAAACAUGACUGAUGUACAUUUUGCUUCAAUUCUAUUUGUUCCAUGUUUUGAAAUAGACUAUUUUAUACUGGAACUGGACUGUGUAAUUUAGCUGAUCCUUACACUGCCCAUGUGAGAGUCAACUAGCUGGAGAUCCUUUCUUCAUUUGGAAGCUGGGGUUUAAAAUAAGCAGGUGUAACUUGUUAUCUUAGGUCAGGCUAUUAAGCCCAUAUAUCCAGAGUUAAUUCAUUCCAAAAUGACCAGCGUUUCAGCAGAAAGCCUUUUUCUGAACCCUGUGACGUGUCUAGGAAGCCACGAAAUGCUUCCCACUGCGGUGGAGGUGGGAAGUAUGAGGUCUCUCCUGGCCUGUAUGUCCAUUCUCCGUCCCCAGUCUCAAAAUGUCAACUACAGAAUGAGAAUAACAAGCUCGACUCAGCUGGUGUAAAUUAACCCAGCUUUCAUUGCCUUUCCUUGUACUGUGCCAGUUCACAUCUGUCGAAGCAUGAUUUCCUUAAUGUCGAUUCAUGUUUUUUCUUUUCUUUUAGCUUCAUACAAAGUCAGCGUGUUCGGUUUUGUUUUCUUUGAUGAGCAAAUGUGGGUAGCAUAUAAUAAGAAGUUACUGAUGUAUUUAUUAUUAAUAGAGCCAUUAAGUCCCUUUGAACAUUUGAAAAGAAGAUGGUUUAUAGGUGUGGACUUGGGUAACGCUUUUUGAAAACGGCAAGAACUGUUUGUUUCUAGAGAUAUUUGGCAAAUUA